GUGUAGGUAAUCACAUUGAGUUAAACUGCUGCGGGAUCCUGUAAUGUGUUGGAUUGUUUCUGGUUUCCCCUGGCAUUUUCUGGAUUUAUUGUCUUGUAUUUGUUGGGUUUUUUUAAUUACUGUUACGUAUUUUUUGAAAUUUUUUGUGUUACCCACCUGGUCAUGGAUUGCCACAUGGAAACCCUUCUGUUUCUGGGAAGAGGUCUCUGACCCUGAGCCAUGUGUUUGACGCUUCCCUGUCAGCAGCUAGUCUGCUCAGAUCAUGAGGGUGUCUUCCACUGGUUAACUUUUUUCUUCUGUAAUUUCAUUUUUCUGGGUUGUGCUUUCAUUUAGGUUUAGUGGUGUGUAGUUCCUAUCAGAAUUGCAUAUGCCUAUGCCGAGCGCUGAAUCCUGUUUUGUUGAUGAAAAUAUAUCCUUAGAAGUUUUAUCUGACUGUUGUGUAAUUUUUAUGUUUGUUAUUCCUCUUUCUCCUUCUAUCCUAGGUAGUGUUAGUCCAUUGCUUUUGAGUGCUCAUAGUGUUUUCUAAAAUUGGUAAUUUCAAUUGUUAAUUUUCUUUGUAAAUAUUCCAGAUCAGUUUCAGACCAAGAUAUUACGCCAAAAAGGUUACAUUACAAUGGGUAUAGUGUAAAUGUUAAUUGCCUUCCUUAUAUUUUUACUAUUGAACUCUGGCAGAUUUUAUUAAGCCUUGAAGUAAAUUUUGUCAAGUUUUUCCUUAUCACACUAUGAUCUAUUUUCUUUGCUUGUUGAUAUCCCUGAAACUUAAUUGUUUUAUAUUAAUCUACCAGUUGUACUGUAUCCUACUAUUCUGUACUAUAUUCUACUAGUUCUUUUCAUCUUUCUUUACGUUUAAUGUUCUACACUUAUCUUGUCCAAAGUUCAUGUUUGAGCCUUCAGAAAAUAGUUCUACUGAUUGAAUUAAUUGCUUUAGCUUGACUGAUGCACGAGUGUAUAAUUUCAAAUUGUCCAUGUACAGAAAAUGUGCUAACGUUUUGUUUGUUUGGCUGUCUCUUAUUUGAUACCCUAUUUUUGUCCAAUUCUGUAAAUUUCAGAGCAGGUUUAAAGUUAGAUAAAACCAUAGUGGGCUUAUGGAGUCGCCUCAGAAAAUGCAUUGGUUUAUAUUGAUAACAGUGGUUGUUAUUUAUUGGUUGUCAAUAGGUAACAGGUUUAUAGUACGCCAACUCUUCAUCAGAUGUUGUAAGAAUUUCUCAAGUACUGGGUGUACUAUAUAUAUUAAGUCCUUCUAUUAACCAUGAGUGUGGGACAGAAUCAAAUAUUUUUUGGUAGUCAAUAUUACAACAUAAGAGAUACCUGCUUUUCUGCUGGACUUGAUUUAGAAUUACAGAAUCUAUAAUCAGAUGUUCUUCAAAUCCUUUCAUACCCUUUCAACAUCCUGUUCGGUUUUAAAUAUAUUGUGGUUUUCUAAAUGAGUGGCGAUAAAUUGCGAGGUGCAUGAUGUUACAAUUUUAUUAUAUAUAGUUUGUAAACAAAUAAUAGGACAAUAUUUUAAUGGGUCAGUUUUGAUUUCUCCUUUACCUGUCAAAAAUUCAGGCAUUUUAUCAGGAUUUUUAAGAAAAUUGUAAUGUAUUUACAAGUAUGGACGAAGGUAACUUAAUUUUUAUGCCAAUAAUUAUGAAUAUUAUCACUGCCAGUACUUUUACAGUUGUAGGUAUCUUUUAUAACCACUUUUAGCAUAUCCAUUGCAACUUCAUGUGGAUGCAUGUCUACGUUGUGUGAGUGCAUUCUUUUUCCUCUUAAUCCAGCUUGCUUCUGGAUUCUGCAUUUCCUUGUUUAACCAGAUAUUAGACCAAAAGUUCAUUAUCACUGUGCUUGUUGAUAAUUCUGUGCUAGUAAUAAUUCUGUUUUCUUCAUUGCAUGCAUGUAUGCUUUGUUUUUGAUUUUGUUUUUGCUUUUGUUUUAGUGUAUCUAUAAAUUCUAAUUGUUCUUCUUAUUAUUUUUAAUUCUUAUUAUUAAAGAAUUUGCAGUUUACUUUCUUUUGCACAGUGGCUGUUUGUCACCCUUUGUAAGUGGGAAGUUUUUCAUUAAUUCUAUUGCAUUUUUUUGUUCUACAGUGAAUGUCCACAAGAAAAUUAAUCUCAAGGUAAUAUAUGGUAACAUACACUAUCUUACAUAAAGUGAGAUAAUGAGAUAAAGUGGGAUACAUAAAGUGAGUUAAUUUAGAUUUGAAACUGUUUAAUUGCUGAUGAGGCAUACAUCAAUGACAACGGCAGAUACAAAACCUCAUUGUGAGAGAAAGCAGAAUAAAGAUGCAAAAAACGUAGCAGCAAAGUAAGCAAGACUCAGCUGCUGCCAAACUUGGCUUCCAGUUUUCUGCAUUGUGGAUAUUGGGAAGGCUUAGAAGAGGCAGAAUGUGCCAACUACAAGAUAUUCUGCAGAUGCCGGAAAUCUUACACAAACGCACACAUGAACACAUGCACGUGUGUAUAUACACACAAACACACAAGACAAUUUAUCUAAUAAGACACACAAGGGGUGGAGUUUCAAGAUGGCGACGUAAACAUCUGCCUUUUAGGCGCUCUUCACUUUUCUAACUAUAAUCACCCUUUAAUCAAAUCUUUUCGAAUUUAAUCAAAUGAGUUGAUAUUUUCGAUUGACUUUUUUUUUCUUUUAAAACUAUAUUUGAUCUAACUUUGCCGAACUUAAAAUGGCUACAAGUAAGAAAUCGUCUAAGGAGCCUUUAUCUAUUGAUGCAAUUUCUAAUCUUCUGGACACUAAACUUACAAGUUUGGAUAGCAAGCUGGAAAGUAAAAUGGCAAGUUUGGAAGACAAGCUGGAAAGUAAAAUGGCAAGUCUGGAAAGUAAAAUGGCAAGUUUGGAAAACACGUUUACCACGAAAAUGUCUGAACUUGAAGGAGCUGUUAAAUCGCUUGAUACUAAGUUUCAGUCACAGGCAGCGGAUAUUCAGCGGCAUGAAGAUAAGUUGGAGACCCUUGAAAAAUUAAUUGUUGAAAAAGCAUGUACACUUGAGGAGUUGGAUAAGAAGAUUGAAAAAGAAAAAAGAAAGAAAGACACACAAAAUGCUGGAGGUACUCAGCAGGUCAGGCUGAAAGGAAUAAAUGGUCGACAUUUCAGGUGGAGAGAAGCCAGAAUAAGAAGAUGCAGACAUGGAGGAGUACAAGCUGGCAGUCUCAAAGACUAUUGCCAGCAGUCUCGCAGCACGCUGCCAGUUGAGUCCAGUCGGAGAGUGAAGAAUUUACCCAAGUACAGAAAACCCGAAGGAUCGAGAAAAGUUGGUGUCGUUGGCAGUUUACUACAGGAUCGACCUUAUUGAAAUCCUUGUUCAAGGAGAUAGUAACCUGCAUCUGAGAUAGUCCCUGCAUUGUGAAAGCAGAAAGGGCUGGACACAGUGGUAUUCACCAAGGAAAGGUCAGUUCCUAUAAGCCGUUUUAUUUCCUUCGUCAUAAAUCCUUUGGGCAAGGCAUAUUUUGGCAGGGAUCAGCAGUAACGUCACGUCAUCGAGAAUUCAUUACUUCAGGAAAGUCUCUCCUAACUGACUGUGUAAAUCAUUUGGACUUUCGC